CGUUCCGCAGCACGCUUGAUCCCCAGGGAGCGCUGUUUGUUUAACUUAGCGCCGCGCUGGGCAUCCCGGCGACCGACGAGGACUUCGCUGAGUCCUCGGGAGAUGCAAGCGAGUCCGUUCUCUUUCUGGGAGCUCCAACCCGCAGCGCCAAGCGCCGAGGAUGCCGGACGGACUCAAGAUCCUAACUCUAAACCUGAGGGACUGAACGACUGCUCGCCCCAAAGUGUUCGCUCUCCUUCCCGGAAGGGCCACGAGGAAUUCGAGGCGACGCCCUAGGGACCCUCGGGAAGCGUCACGCCAGCCGCUUUCCCUCAUCCCUCGCUGUUGGGUGUCUGUGGAACAAACUCGGUCACAGACCAUUUGGUUGACCAGAUCAAAGCAAAUCUGAAGACUCCUCUCUGGGGAUCUUAACGCUAGGAUCCGAAAGAGUUUUCAGGACUGUGAUGACUAUUCUUCGUUGUCAACUUGACUAUAUCUGGAAUCAGCUACAACCCAGAAAUGGAGAAGAGCACACCUGUAAGAGAUUGUCUGCUUAAAGUGGAUGAAUCCACUUCUAGUCCAGACCUUUGAGGUAGGAAGACACACAUCUUUAAUCUCAAUCUUGAGGUGGGAAGACGUCCCAAAUCUUGAGAUACGUCUUUUGUGAACAUAUGAGCCAUACCUUCACCAGGAUGUCUGUAUAAGGACAUAGAAGAAGGAAGCUUUUACUCUUUGUCUACUUGCCCUUGCCUUGCUAGCACAUCCAUUCCCUCACUGGCAUUAAAGCCUACUUCUGCAUUGCAGCAUAUACUGAAGACCACCUGAGACAUUGCAGCCUUGUGGGACCGAGCAACCACUAGAUUUUUAGACUUUCUAUUGUUGGAUUAGCUGGACUACAGAGGAAGGAGAGAGAGAUUCAUUCCAUAAGUUCUGUGACUCUAGAGAACCCUGACUAAUACAGAUUUUUGUACCAGAAGUGGUUCUAGAGAAGCAGAAGUAUAAGGAUGAAUCUUUUAAGUAUCUGGAAUAGGCAUUUCAAUUCACCGGCACCUUCAGCUACUGAAGUCUCUCCAGUCACCCCCUCUCCUGGGAGCUUGGAGAGUACUGAAGGCCCAUGGUAUGAACUGUAUUACAAACUUAAAGAGAUAAAUGAAUUUGAUUAUCCUGGCUCACCAAUUGUGAGCAACAAUGGAUUAGGUGACCCUAUAUAUGAAACUUUUGACAGUUUGGGGGAAAAUAAGGAAAAUGAUGCUGCUGGUUGGUUGCUUUUAGCAUCUCUGGAUAAACUGAUAAAGGAUAGGAAUGAGCUCCGGGAUAAAAUUAACCAACUGCAGAAUAUGGUGAAGGACAACAAAGAACUUAAUGAUAAAAUUGACCAUCUUCAGAUGCUCAUAAACAAUCUAAAGGUUUCUAAGUGUGCCCUGGAAAAGAAUCUUCUCUCCAGCAGCCACAAAGCUCGGUUUAUGGAAAACCAAACUGAAGCUCUCAUUAUUCGGUUAGCCGAGUUACAGGGGAAAUUCAAGUCCCAGCCUCGGAAAGUGUCAGCAGGUAAAGUAAGAGCAUUAGUUGGUAAAGAAUGGGAUCCUGUAACUUGGGAUGGGGAUGUGUGGGAGGACCCUAUUGAAUCUGAGAACUUUGAAUCCUCAGAUUCUCAAGUGUUUAUCUCACCUGAGGAAGUAGUACCCUCAGCCCCACCCCUUGAAAUACUGCCUUUUUCACCUUUCACUGAGGAAAUUAAUCCUUUGUUAUCUAUUAAACCAGCAGUGGCUAUCUCUAAAGGAAAUGCCAAGCAAGACAAUACUGAUGUCCCUCAGAGCCUCAAAAUAGUUGCCUUUAGACCUACACCCAGACUUAAGGCAAAGCAGGCUCCUAGAGGGGACAUAGAAAGUGUGGUCCAUGAGGAAGUGUGCUAUACUACUAAGGAGCUUAAUGAGUUUACUAAUUCAUUCAAGCAGAAGUCUGGGGAAUAUGUGUGGGAAUGGAUUUUAAGGGUGUGGGAUAAUGGUGGAAGGAACAUAAAACUGGAUCCGGCUAAGUUUAUUGACAUGGGCCCUCUGAGUGGAGAUUCUAGGUUUAAUAUGGAAGCUCGCACAGUUCAAAAAGGUGUCAAAAGUUUGUUUGAAUGGUUGGCUGAAGUGUUUGUCAAAAGAUGGCCUACUGAGAAGGAAUUGGAGAUGCCUGAUAUCCCUUGGCUUAGUGUUGAUGAAGGGAUUCUAAGGCUCAGGGAAAUUGCAAUGCUAGAGUGGAUAUAUUGUGUAAAACCUAGUGCUCAACAAUGGGAAGGCCCAGAAGACAUGCCCUUCACUAAUCCAAUAAGACGCAAAAUGGUGAGAGGGGCACCAGCACAUUUGAAGAGUUUUGUUCUCUCCCUUUUGCUUGUGCCAAACCUUAGGGUUGGAGAUGCUGCUACUCAAUUGGAUGAAUUAAAUGCAAUGGGCUUAAUUGGGCCCCGGGGUAGCAGGAGCCCAGUGGCAGCACUGAAUCGACAAAAGCAAGGUGAUCAUAACUAUUGUAUGAGCAGCAUAGACAACACAAUGUUCAUAAUGGCAUGACUUGUAUGGACCUUUGGUACUGGCUCAUCAGUCAUGGUGUUUCCAGGCAUGAAGUGGAUAAGAAGCCUACUGAAUAUUUGAUUUAUAUAAGUGGAAAAAUUCUCAAACAAGUGAAAGAAAGGCUACAUUGAAUCAUGGCACAAGGCAAUCUCAGUCACUGAAUCAAUUUUCAGAUGUGAGCCAGUUUGCAGACCCAGAACCCCCUUGAAUAAAGGAGUAACGAAGUUUCCCUGAGGAAGGACCUUAAUAAAACACCUUAAAGUUUUACUGUUAAUCAUUCUCCAGUCUUUCCCCAGAGGGAGAUAGGGCUUUUUACAAGGGUAGUUGUACACUGGGGGAAAGGAAACAAUCAGACUUUCCAGGGUCUAUUGGAUACUGGUUCCAAAUUGACACUGAAUCUUGGAGAUCCCAAGUAACAUUGUAACCCUCCAGUUAGAGGUGGGACUUCUGGAGGCCAGGUAAUUAUUGGAGUUUUGGCUGAAGUCCUGUACUCAAAGUAGGUCCCUAAACUCAUCCUGUGGUUAUUCCCCCAGUCCCAGAGUUUAUAAUUGAGAUACAUAUAUUUAGAAGGCAGAAUUCUCACAUUGAUUCCCUGACCUGUGGAGUGGAGCUAUUAUGGCUUGAAAGGCUAAAUGGAAGUCUUUAGAGUUGCCUCUGCCAAAGAAAAUAGUGAAUCAAAAACAGUAUCAUAUCCCUAGAGGAACUGCAGAAAUUAGUGCCACCAUCAAGUUCUUGAAAGAUGCAAGGGUGGUAGUUUCUACUACAUCUCCAUUUAACUAUGCUAUCUGUCCAGUUAAGUGACAGUUGACCAUCAAAACCUCAAUCAAGUAUUAACUCCAAUUGCAGCUUCUGUACCAGAUGUAGUGUCCUUACUUGAGCAAAUUAACACAUCUGGUACAUAGUCUUCAGCUACUGAUCAUGCAAAUGCCUUUUUCUCAGAACCUGUUCGUAAGGACUACCAGAUGCAGUUCCCUUUCAGAUGGCAAGGCCAGCAGUAUACCUUUACAGUUUUACCUCAAGGAUAUAUAGACUCUCCUGCUCUGUGUCAUAACUUAGUUAGAAGGGAACUUGAUUGUCUGACUCUUCCACAAAAUAUCACACUGGUUGUGAUGGUUUGUAUAUCCUUGGACCAGGGAGUGGCAUCAUCUGAAG